GUGAAAUUCUAUCAAAAAGAUAACAAGCAGACGUUUAAAUGCAAUCAUACCUUCUUGAAUGCAGCUCGUUUAAUUGUCUUGAUUAUAUCAAACCGUUUUGGUAUAAAUAAUGAACAACUACAAUCUGACCUUCCUAAAUGCAGUUCAUAG